AUGUCUCUUUACGCCGCUACUGAAAUCGACUCCUCGUGGCACGCGAUGCCGGAGUGGGUGCGCCGCCGCAGUGAUGCCAUCCAUCAGGGCCAACGCCGCUCCCUCAACGAAUUCCCCGGUCACAGUGGCCUCAACGACUCCUGGCAGACAAAGGGCGGCGAAUCCCCAGAAAAACAACAACAGGCGGCCGCACGCAGCCUUCAAGAUGAAUCCGCCAUCAUGCACGAAAAUGAUCAACAGGAUGAAUCUCCGCAGGUGAAUAAAAAAGAUGUGGCAGCGGAUCAAAUGGGGGAAUCUGCAGCGGGACUCGCUCAGGGGAAGAGGAAAUCUUCACGGGCGCGAACGAGUAUUAAAGGGCUGGGACUCGCAACACACACCGUGCGGUUUCACGGUGCACUGUGGAAAAGCAUCGUACAAACCAAAAGGAGUGAGUUGGAACAUGCCUUUAAGAAGGAUGUAGUGGAUGUAACGGAAAUUGAGGAGAAACGCAUUGAAGAUUUGACCUUUGAAUAUAAAGGAAUGCUUGUCGCCAGAUUCACUAUAAAUCACAAUCUCGAUGAAGAGGAAAUGAUGUAUGUACACACCAUGUUGCAGACGUACGAUUUUCCACAUAUGCUGGCCUUAUAUCCCAAUGAUGGAGUACUGAAAUCGCAUCCAAAAGACGCCGAGGUGGAAGUAUAA